UCAUUAAUCUAUUGGUCAACUUGCCGUUAUCAGUAAAGCGACGGAAGAUGUUUUUGACAUAUCUAUCAAGCAGCAUUUAUGUAACAAUAACCUAUUCACUGCUUCUGGGUUCUGCCAGGACCGCUUCACUCCUGAGGUCAUUGCAAUUUUAGUUUAAGUGGUAAAUGAUGUACUCCAAGCAUGAGGGGUGCAUAGCUGCCCUUGACAUAAAGGCAUUAUUUGACCAAACAUAACAUCCAGGAGCUCUGGCUCCUGCAGUCAAUGCAACUGUUGAGGUGGCUGAAAUCAUACCUAGUGCAAGGGAAGAAGGUUUUUGGUUAUAGUCAUUUGAACACUGCUGCAGGAGUUCUUCAGGCAGUUCUACUGUUCAGAUAAAUUGUUGCACCCCCUGAACAGGUGAGACUUUAGCCCAGGCUUCCUGGCUCAGACGUAGGGGCACCAUCACUGCAUCAUAAGAGUUCUGGUUCCUCAGGGUAGUAUCCUUGAUUCACAUUUCUAAGGCUAUUUCAUCAAUGAAACAUCAUAAGGUCAGAGCUCAGGAUGUUCAGUGCGAUUAGUGAUCCUCCAACCACUGAAGCAGCCCACGUCCAUACUAAGCCUAAGCUGGACAGGCUGAUGAAUAGCAAGUAACAUUCAUACUAUAGAAGUGCCAUACCAUGACCACCCCCCACCUCUUCGUUAUUACUAAAUCUCCAACUGUCAACGGCCACGGGUGUAUAAUUGACGAGAAACUGAACUGGAACAGUCAUAAAUACUGCGGCUACAAGAGCAGAUCAGAGGCUGGGAAUUCUGCAGUAACUUGCCACCUGGUUCUUCACUGCCCACAUGACAAGUUUCAAAGCAGAUAUGUGAUGGAAUAUUUCGAGCUCCCCGAGUGUAUGCGGCUCCAACAACCUGUAUCAUAUUGAAGAACAACUAUUUGCAAAUUCCCUUUAAGCCGCACACCAAGCUGACUGUUUAAACUAUAUUGCCAUUCAAUCGCUGUUACCGGGCCGGAAUCAUUAAAAUCCCUCUCAGACUAUGGUGUCCCUCACCUAUAGUUCAAGGCGGCAGCUCAUCACUCUUCUCUGGAUUAGUUGGAGAUGAGCAAUCCGUCAACACAUGAGAGCUUUUUUUUAAUAGAGAUUCAAGUCUUUUUAGAAGUCAGUAUUUUGAACUUGGAGUCGGGACCUGAGCUAGAAGAUGGUCGUCUUCAUUUGUUCCUAAGAAAUCACCUAAUUCCAAUUUUCAAGAGGAAAACUAAUAUAACUAGGAAAAGAAUACGUGCGAUAGUUUCCCACCGUCUUGCUCAUGUGAUGGAAGAAAAUACCAGUACUCUUCCCCGAAGGAUUGUUUUUGCUUGUUAGCAGCUUUGCCCUUCCAGGUUCUAGCUCUUCGGCCCUCACUACCGAAAAUUCGCUGCUUCCGACUUUAGCCGUGGCUCGUAAUCCAGAGCGUGGAACCCUUUGCUGUGACAACUGGAGAGAAGGACAAGAUGACCGGCCCAUUGAGAAUUCAAAUGACUGCGAUCCCAAAUGGGUGCACGGGAAAAGAACCCAAAAAAAAGGUUGCCAUGUCUGCAAAUUGCCAUGCAAGCAAAAGCUGCCCGAUCCCCACCAAAGUUCUAAUGAAGGAUCUGUCCCAGCUGCCAGACUUGUACAGCAGUACACCGGGCGGCACCUUGUUCUCCACCACCCCCGGAGGUACACGGAUUGUCUAUGGCCGCAAAUUCUUGCUGGAAUGCAGAAAUUCUCCACUUGCUCGGACACCGCCGUCCUAUCUUCCUCAGAUCCCAGGUGUAACUAUGCCACAACACUCAACUCUAGCUAAAGUUGAAGAACUCAAAGAACUUGAAGCAGAGACAGAGAAAGAAACUCCAGCUGAUGAUGCUCAAUUUGAAAUGGAUAUUUAAGCUGUCUCCUGGAAGAAGAGGAUUGUUCUCUUGACAGAAGCAGUUUUUGUUUAUUGAGGAGCAAUUAUUCUGAAAAUUUGUGAAGCUGAGGUCUUCAGCAAUGGAAGUAUAAUACUUCAUACAUUCACUGAUUUUACAGUUGGGGAAGGGUGACUAAAUUGGUGCUUGUUAUUACAUGCUGCUUUUCUGCAGGACAUAUUGUAAAUUUGUCUUUUGUUAGAAGUUUGGAUUAAUGGCUUUCAGAUAGAGUGGUUCACUUGGUCUUUAAUUUCUUCUUACUGGCUUUACAAGUUUUAACUGACUGACUGUAAAGGAUCCAGUAGCCCAUAUCAUCUUGCAGCAAUAAGAUUGGUGACCUGCUGUAUCUGGUGUGCUGAUUUAAUCAUUCAAAAACCACCCUACAUUCUCUAGCAGUUCUAAUGUGAAUAUGCUGUGGUGGGCAUAGCUGUGAAUUAGUAACGGCAUGGGAAAUGGGUGGCAUAUUGAUCCUGCUGUUAAUGGUGCAGGUUUUGUUAUGGUUGUAAUUGGAGUGCUGACCUCAAUAAGGAUGCUGCAAUAUUAUCUCCUUGUAACUGAGAUUCUUAUGUAAACUACAUUUAUGCACAUAAAACUGUAAAUAAAGAAAGAACAUACUUACAUUUACUUAGCAUCUUUCAUAACUUCAAAAUAUCCUAUUGUGCUUGACACCCAAUAAAGUACUUUUCGAAACAUGUCA